GGUUACAUGCUUUUAAAUUGUGAUAUUAAAAGUUGGAAUGUAGUCAUAAUGUGCUAUUGAAAAUACGUUUUUGGAUAUUUAUUUUAAGCAUCGACAUUAUACGUGAGUGGGUGUCUAUGUGGGGAAGAAAACUGUUGAUCUAUAUCUGCGAUGCGGUAGAAAGCAGUACAAGAAGGUUAUCUCUGUGAAUCAAGUACGGUCUUAGAAGUCCUAGAGUUGAAAGAAACUUGUACAGUGUACUUGUGCAACACAUUAUACAGUGUAAGUAUUAAAGCAGCAGCACUUACUGCAAAAGUCAAGCUGCGCGCUGUCACCCAAUGUUAUGGCCGCCGUAUCGAAAGUUCACAACGCGAGCAUGACGGCUGCUAGCUCGGCCGAGAGUCAGUACUUUUACGAGGAUGUCGUCUACCGAGUCGAUAAACGUGGCAAUGUCGAAUUCGGCAUUGUCAUGGAAAAUGAUGACCAGGAGCUGUCGGACGACGAGAGCAGCGGUAAUGAGGAGAGUCCCAAAAGAAAAAAGGGUGAGAUCAGGCUCGUUUGGCACCCGUCCGGCGUUGAAGAACUUGUAAACUCUAAAAAGGUCCAUUUGGCUGACAGGACUCUGAUGCCUGGUGAUGUCGUCAGACGUAUGAUUAAAGGAAAAGACACGCAAAGAGGAUAUUGCCGAGACAUUGAAUUAACUGCUUGUGUUCAAGUUAUUGGCACCAAGCAAGUGCUGACGAACAUCAAAAGUGAAGACCUAGUUCCUCUUGAGGAAUUCGCAGCUGAUGUCGCAGUCUGCAUGGAUUCCUGGGUCGGGGGAAUCAGAAUGGUUCACUUCAAAUUGUGGUUAGCCACUCCGGAUGGUUCUCGAUGCGUCAUCAAUGAAAUUGAUGCUAGAGGACUAGAACACUUUGAGGAAAAGCGAGACACGGAUAACGAUUUUCCUCAUUCCUCGGAAUUCUAUCCGGGGCAAAGUCUUUGGGGCCCCGUACAUUGCUUAGAGGAAGCACAAUGGAUACAAUGUACGAAAGAAAUGAAAGCCAAGCGAAAAUCUAAACCUCAACGAAUAACAAAAGUAGUUGUUGAAAAAGUCGAGACUGAUUGGGUCGGCGUGCACUGGCAGUGCAGAGCCUAUUCCAAGGAUGGAGCGUGGGCCGAUCAAGCGCAUCCUAAAUUCGUAGUGGAAGGAGAUGAUUUAAAAAAGUUAAAGUUGCUGAAUGUUUUCGAGCCUUCUACUCUUCAAGUAGGGGAUAGAAAUUUUUACGUUAUUAAAGGUGACGAGAAUGUGAUAACGCGCGAACAAUGGCGAAAACAACAAAGAGAUUUAUAUCAAGUUCCUAAAAAUAGUCCGAAAAAAGCGCGCAAUGCAGUAAUACAAGUUAAACAGCAUGAUAGAGAUUCAAAAGAUGACGACAAGUUACGACAGCAAAAACAGCAAUUACAAAGUCAAGCAAUUUUGAGCAGAGCGCAAUGUGACGCGAAUGUUGAUAAUAAAGUAAGCAGAAGCUGUCAGAAUCAAAAUCAAGAAAGCUCCGACGACUGCUGGGAUACCGAAGACACUGGUUCUCAAAGCGAUUCUGCAUCGGUAUCGAGUGGAUGUUCUAGUUUAUCAUCCAUGGGAAAAAAGAAAAAAGGACCGGCAUUAAUGACAAAGGUUUUAAAAAAACGAAAACUAUGCAAAGCCAGAAAAAAAAUUCCGCCUACUCCAUUAACACCUGAAACUAGGGUCGUCGUCGAGACGCUUUCCACAAAUACCAAAGCUAAUGUUGUGUGGCAAGAUGGCUCGGUCGAAUUGGGAAUACCGUCGACUCAGCUUUAUCCAAUCCAUCAUUUAGACGAUAAGGAAUUUUUUCCCGGGGAUUUCGUUGUCGAUCAAAAGGAAGAGUCGAGAAUGUAUGGUGUUGUUCAAAGUGUAGAUCAUCAAGGAAGAACUGCUAAAAUAAAGUGGUUCAAAACCUACACGUCUAGUCAGACACCUCAGCCAACAUUCUUGGAAGAGCGUGAAGUCAGUGUGUAUGAUCUCAAGGACCAUCCUGAUUUUCAAUAUCGGCCAGGUACCCUAGUCAUUCGAAUAGCCAAUUUUGAAGGAAAGGAUUCAGGUUGCACGGCCGGUCAAGUCCUUGACAACUAUCCCGAGGGACGCGUUAAAGUCUGGUGGGUUGACGGGCACGUGAGUAUGUGCUGGCCCCAAGAUUUAUACAAAGUAGGCGAGUACGAUAGCGACGAAGGCGAGAUCUUUGACGAUGGUUCAUCAGACGCCUCUUGGGAAACGGAGCUCGAAGACUGUUUUAUUGCCGACCAGCAGCAGCAGCACCUGCACGAUAAUUCAGGAGGAGGUGGCGGUGGUGGCGUCGACCAGACAGAAAACAUUAAACCGAAGCUUGCAGCUCAUAUUGAAAAGGCUAGGAUUGCAAUGUCAAGGCUAGAGGAAAUAUUUACGCAAAACCCAGCUUUGCAAACUACCGAAGUAAUGCGGAAAUUGCUCGAAGUUUACAAAGACUGUCGCUACAUGGAUAGACUGAUGGGUACAUCCUUCUUUCACGAAAGUCACUUUCAAGGUCUGCUGGAAAGAGUGAGGGAAAAAGGACGGGCGAAUGCUGCGCAAAGAAUGGCUGAUCAGGUCACCAGAUUAUUCACCCAUCCUGUCGCCGAAAAUAACUUCAGUUCGGAAGAACGAAAUUCUGCGGAUAUGAACGUGAGCUCCAAUGCAACUUCUAUCAGAAUCACGCAAGAAGUUUGCGAACAACCGUCAUCUGUCGUCGACGCGUUAUCGAAAUCUGUUCGCGGUAUCGAACAAAACCCCAGUAGUCAACUUUUUAUCAGCAUCAACAAACAAAAUACCGAAGACUCGGGUUUAUUUUCCGCUGAACAUUCAAAAAAAGAAUCUGCAUCCAGCGAAUCAAGUGGUGAAUUUCUUCUCACUGAGGAUGUGAAUAAUGUUGAAAGAUCAGCUCCAGCUGUAGCUGCUGCUUCUCCGGAAUCACGAAAAAGUUCUCCUUUUUCCGCCAGAUAUCAAGAAAACGACAAUAUCCAUGUUUGUUCGUCACACGUGUGCGUCAAGCUUUGCAAUCUUAUAAAGGCUCAACUAGUUCUUGCUCAUGCUGAAGUCUCCAAGAGGUUUGGGCUAUCAAAAAUGUCUUUAUCGGACGCAGCAAAAUCCACAUCACCAAUCAAGAAAUUCGAAAAAGAUGAUGAGGAAAAAAAUGCAUAUUCCUCGUCGGAGCCAUGCCGCCAGCACGGCGAGGACGACGGCGAAUCAUCCGUCUGCGAAAACCCGCAGCUAGUUUACACCGUCGAAACUGGUGAAGGUUUUUCCAUAGAAGAAACGGCUCCCGAUAGUCACAAGUUUAAACUCACCAUGUUUCAACCAACCGAUAGAAGCAAUUUUUUCCGAACCGUAUCUCGAGAGUUGAAGUUGCUGAGAAACUCGCUACCGCCGGGCAUCUGGGUCAAAGGUUUCGAGGAUAGAAUGGAUCUUUAUUCUGUCAUGCUACGUGGGCCGGAAAAAACGCCAUACGAAGAUGGACUAUUUUUGUUCGACUUUCAAUUAUCAGCAGAUUAUCCGGCUGCACCGCCUCUUUGCCAUUACAUUUCAUAUUGCAGUGAUAGACUCAAUCCGAAUCUCUACGAAGAUGGAAAAGUAUGUGUCAGCCUUUUGGGAACCUGGGCAGGUCGUGGUACCGAAGUUUGGACAAGCUCAUCUACGCUGCUACAAGUGAUUGUUUCUAUUCAGGGACUGAUUCUGGUCGCGGAGCCGUAUUUCAACGAAGCGGGAUUUGAAAAGCAGAAGGGCUCACAGCAAGGUCGCGAAAAUUCUAGGAUGUAUAAUGAGAUGGUUGUCCUGAAGCUUGUACAAUCGCAAACAAAGUUAAUUCAGUACCCUCCACCAGUAUUCAAGGAAGUGGUCGUGCAACAUUUUAAAACGCAUUCUAGAAAGCUUUUGGAAAGGCUGAAGUUAUGGAUGGAGAUCUCGGAACAAUAUAAUAAUCAGCACCCGUUAUCACCUGUAACUCCAACUACGUUUAAAAAGAUCGCUUCAAUUGAUAAUCACGUCCUACCAGAAUUUCCUCUAAUACCGGCAUCCAGAGGAUUCUGUAUUACGUUGAAGAACACUUUGGCAAAUUUCGAAAGAAUUUUGAUACGUGAACAAAUAAUCCAAGCACCUAUGAGCGCUGCUGCCGCCACCGACGACCGAAACGAUCACUCAAUGGCUUGUAGUACAUUCCAAAACUUACUAACUACAAGCCGGUCAAGUUGUUGCUUAUCAUCAUCAUCGGCUGCAUCAUCGUCAACUGAUGAAGGAAAUACUUCUGCUACAGCAAAUCAACAAUUACCAUCGAAAGAAAUCAUAGAUUGUGAGUCAUUGGCGGCGGCGGCGGAUGUAAAAUUUGCCCGCCAUCAACAAUUGAGCCAAACGAAAAAAGACAGUCUUGAACUUAAUUAUAGCUAGCCACUAGGUAAAUUUAAGCGCUUAGCUUUGAAGGCUUUGAAAUUAAAAGCUACUGUCCUACGAUAAUACACAUUAAAAACUCGCUUUCUUGAAUAAUACAUUUAAAAGAAAAACUGCAAAAGAGUAAUCAAGUUACCAAAUUUUUUUAAUCAUCAACAAUACUGCUGCUGCGCUAAAGACUAGAUAGGAUUAAAAUUAUUUUUUCUCUAUUAUACUCUGUAAGCGUUGCACUACUACUGUUAAUACUUAAGACUACUUCAACUAGUAUAAUUAAUCUAUAUUUUAAAGACUAGUGAAAUUACACUAGAGUGAUAGGCAUCACUCCUGUGCCCCUCCCCCCCCCCCUCUUCCCCUACUUCUAAGUGAUAUCUCUUAAUUUGAGUGCUUAUGUAUAGUAAUAAUUUUGAAUUUCAAAAUUAAAUAUAUACGCUCAGAAUUAGAUCUGUCCUUGUAUCAUGUUUUCGAUAAUUAAUUUAUUAAAAACUAUAACUAUAGUUAAAGCUAAAUUAUUAAACGCUAUUUUAAAUAGUUGUUGAUUGUCCCUAUUAAAUAUUGUUUUUUCAACUCUGUUUAUCAUUCUGAAUAGAAGCGAAUUUUUUGUAUUUCCCUUGCAUGCAUUGUAUGCAUCGGCGGCGGGACUAAGUCUAUAAUGUAAUAGGUUUACGUCUAUCCGUAAUAAAUGAUAAUGCGUUAGUUCAACGACGAGGACGCAAGUUAUUACAAAAAAAAAUGCAUUGAAUAUUACAUAAAAACAAAAUUACGUGAAUUUUUCCUUGCAACUAUUUGUAUUUAACAGUUUUAAAAAUUACACAGUAAUAAAUUAGUGAUAAAUGCAAGAUUUAAAAAAUAUGUUAUCUGAAGAAUUUGAUUAUGUGCGUUAUGUUAUCGUGCUCAUAACAGAAAAAUUGUAAACACAGAACGCAGGUAUGCGUAAAAAAGCCAUUAUAGAAUUUGGACGUUUAAAAGUUUUCCUAUUGAAUAAAUUGCUAUAUAAUUAUUGAACGUAAGAAACACCAAUCGAUUUGUUGUAAUUUCACUUGUGCAGUAUUUGCGAUAUUGUCGUCUUCGUCCUCGCAAGUCGCCCGGUGCGCGCAAGUUCUGUUAAUAGAGCAGCAACAAAGCUGGGUAUAUAGUGUGAAAAGAUAAUUGCGUACAACAAAUUAUUGUUAAAAAUUUCAAAUAAAAACUAAAUUUUUAUCAAUUGUAUGAGAUUGAAACAUU